AUGAGCAAGAAUGAACAGGAAUUGUCCCAAUUGGGCUCCGUAUUCGAUACCAGAGCAGCCUACUUUGUGUGCAACUAUUUCGCUUCCCAUGAUAAUUAUCUAGUCGACCUAGAUGGCAAUGAGUACUUAGAUGUGUAUGCCCAAAUAUCAUCGAUAGCACUAGGCUACAACCAUCCUGAACUGAUUAAAGUGGCCAAGUCUGACGAAAUGGCCGUCGCCCUGGUCAAUAGACCUGCCCUAGGGUGCUUUCCUUCAAGUGACUAUAGGACUAUUCUGGAAGAGGGUAUUUUGGCCGCAGCCCCUCCAAGUUUGGACAAAGUUUGGACAUCAUUAUCAGGUUCUGAUGCCAAUGAGACAGCUUUCAAGGCUGCAUUCAUGUACCAUGCCCUUCAAAAAAGAGGCAAAGGGACACCUUUUACAGAAGAAGAAAUGAAAUCAUGUAUGGAAAAUCUCCCUCCAGGUUGUCCUGAUUAUGUCAUUCUUUCGUUUGAACACGGUUUUCAUGGAAGGUUGUUUGGUUCUUUGUCAACCACCAGAUCCAAAGCAAUUCAUAAACUGGAUAUUCCUGCCUUCCAAUGGCCAAAAACACCAUUUCCCCGACUGAAGUAUCCACUUGAAGAGUUUGAAAAGGAAAACUCACAAGAGGAAGAGCGAUGCUUGGAACUGUUCAGCUCCGUCAUUGAUCAAUGGAAAGGAAGAAUCGUCGCAUUUAUUGUGGAGCCUAUACAAAGCGAAGGUGGUGACAACCAUGCCAGUCCUUAUUUCUUUCAACGGUUAAGGGAGAUUAGUUUGGAGAAAAACGUUUUGAUGAUUGUUGAUGAGGUGCAAACUGGGGUUGCUAGCACUGGAAAAUUUUGGGCUCAUGAGCAUUGGAAUUUAACUACUCCUCCUGAUUUCGUAACCUUCUCCAAGAAGUUCCAAGCUGCAGGGUUUUACUUUCAAAAUCCUGAAUUUGUUCCUAACCAACCAUUCAGACAGUUCAAUACUUGGUGUGGCGACCCUUCGAAGGCUAUAAUCGCUAGAACUAUUUUCAAACAGAUUCAGAAAGAUAACUUGGUCAGUAAGAUUAGAGAAGUUGGUGACUAUCUAUACGAGAAGCUGGAAACCGUCUUCAAAAGCACUCCAGUGACAAAUCUAAGAGGAAAAGGAAGAGGGACUUUUAUUGCUUGGGAUUUUGACUCAGCACAGGAACGAAACGAGUUUUUGUUGAAAAUGAAGCAACAUGGUAUUAAUAUAGGAGGAUGUGGUGACAGCUCUGUCCGAUUAAGAACCACUCUAAUAUUUGAGAAGAAGCAUGCUGAUAUCCUCUGUGAUGCAAUACUUAAAGUACUAAAUGUUUGA